AUGAUCGGAGCGCCCGACGUGGUGGCCUUCGCCAAGGAGGAGGCGGCGGCUGAGGAGGCAGCGGCGGCGGCGGCACGCGAGCCGGGCUUGCCCGAGGAGUACUCGGUGCCGCUGCUGCCCGCGCCAGGCCGCGGCGCCCACCCGUGGUCCCGGCGAGGCGGCUUGGGGGGCGGCCCGGGGGGCUCCCCGCCGCCGUUCCCGCGCGACUUCCUGCUGGUAGCCGAGUUCUCGGAGCAGGUGGGCCCGCAGCCGCUGCUGACGGUGCCGGCAGUGGAGGCUCCGGGCGGCUUCGACCUGAACUACUUCGCGCUGCGCAUCAUGUCGGUGGACUACCAGGCCUGCGCGGCGGGGGCGGCCCCCGGAGGCCCCUACCCGCGCCUGCGCUUCGCCCGGGACUCCCAGGUGGUGCUGGGCGACUCCAAGGCCGGAGCCUUCGCCUACGUGCACCACCUGACGCUCUACGACCUGGAGGCACGUGGCUUCGUGCGGCCCUUCUGCCUGGCCUACGUGUCGGCCGACGAGCGCAAGGUCAUGCACCUCUUCCCGGAGCUCUCGGCCCAGUUCUCGGGCACCUCGGAGGGGCUGAAGGACGGCAACCGCAGGGCCUUCGCCCGCGAGCUGGAGAAGAAGCUGCACGACCUGGACUACACCCGGGCUGUGCUGCACCGUGAGACCGAGCUGCAGAAGCACAGCCUGGCCAAAGGGUGCUACUCCAGCCGGGCCAUCGAGAAGGCCAACGAGCUGGCCAGCGUGGAGAAGGCCAUCAUCGAGCACCGUGACCUCCUGCGGCAGAUCCAGUCCUAUCCACCCGGACGGCGGAAGCGGGCCAGUGGGCCUCCCUGCGAGCCGACCGGAGAGGAUGCCCAGCCGGAGUCACCAGUUGAUGAUACGUUGCCCCCGCCCUCUGCCCAGGGCUCCUCCUACACCCCGAAGCUCAUCCCAGCCAAGUCCAGCAAAUGCUUCGACAAGAAGCUGAAAACCCUCCAGGAGCUCUGUGAGGAGCAGUCCUUCAGCCAGACCCUCGACCGGUUGCACCGCAUCGAGAAGAUGUUCCGGGGCGACGUCUGCUACCUCCUGAUCAACCGCAUCAGCAGAGCCCUCAUGAAGCAGCAGGCGUUCGCCGGCUUCCUUUUCGAAGACGUGUCUCUCCUGGACGAGGAGCAGCAGGAAAAGCCCUUUGAAGUCAGUCCCGGGCAGAAUCUGGAGCCACCCAACAUGGCUUCUUUGGAAAGCUGCCCGAGUCCUAAGAUACUCGUCGAUCUUGCCUCUUACAAAUCUAGUGUGGAGUCUGUGCCGAUUAAGAUGGAUCCAGAAGUCGGAGACGGCCAAGACCCAGAGGUCUCCCACCCCGUCCCUUAUGACAACGUCGAACUUCUAGAUGUCGACCUGAAAGGGAGCGUCAGCAGCGGCGAAAGCAUUGAAGUUUUGGGAACGGAGAAAUCGGCCACAACUUCCGUCCACUCUGAAAGUCAGUCUGGCUUGCUACAAGCGCCCCCCAGCCCCCCCGUGGUGAGGGACAAAGCCGCCAGCAACAGGACCAUAAGCGGGGACAGCAUCGAAGUCCUCAGUACCUGCCCCUCGGAGGCCCUGAUCCCAGACGAUUUUAAAGCAAGCUACCCAAGUGCCAUUAACGAAGAUCCUUACGGUGGCGAAGAAGAGGAAGGCUUCCUGUUCAACCGCGAAUUAAAUCUGGACAGCACCGAAGAGGAAGUGGAAGGCAGCCCUGCGCCUGAAGCUCCUGCGGGGGAUGCUUCUUGCUGCAUUGGCAAAGAGAGCCCCAACUUCCUUGAGGGUCAAGCCAGUGUGACUCCCGGACACGGUGAUGACGACGGCGUGGUCAGCAUCCCCCCACAGCCAUACAGACCGGGUGACGCGGGGUUUCAGGUGAACUUCACAGACUGCUCCCACGAUGGGGUCCUGGGAGGCCUCCUUGCCUAUGAACUCGACCCCCAUUACCUCUGUGACGGCCGAGAAGCCAGAAAAACGAGCAUGGAUAAGUGCUCGGAUUCCGUGAGUUACAUGAGCAGCGCGGCGUCCACCAACUCCGACCGGACCCCGUCCCCUGCUGCUCUCGCGGGAGAAAAGUCCAAGAAGGCCGGGCAGAGCGCCUUGCGCUUCAUCCGGCAGUACCCCUUCGCCCAGCCCGCUAUCUACUCUCUGCUGAGCGGGAGGACCCUGGUGGUGCUGGGAGAAGACAAGGCCACCGUGGAGAAGCUCAUCACCGCCCUCUCCAUUUUCAUCCCCAAUUCCGGAGCCUACGCCAAGCCCGUGAAGCACUGGGCCACCUCGCCUUUGCAGAUCACGGACUUCCAGAAGUGGAAGCUGGUGGGGCUCCAAAGGUCAACCUCUCCAGGUGGCCCCAACAUGAUGCAUUCUCUCAGCCGGUACAGCCGAUACAUCAGCGUGCUGGACGCCGACUACAAGACCCUCCGCUGUCCGCAGUACCGGGGGCACCUGAUCCUCCGGCUGGCCGACCACCGCACCCAGAUCAAGCGGGGGAGCACCUACCACGUGCACGUCCAGGCCCUCCUCACCCAGCUCUGCUCCAAGGCCUUCCUCUACGCUUUCUGCCAUCACCUGCACCUCCCCAUCCGGGAGGGAGAGACGGAGGACUCUGUCACCGCGCGGCGGGAGAACUUCUUGAAAGUCCAGCUGGGUCUGGCAAACGAGGACCGCAGAGUGGUCCAGUAUCUGGCCGAGCUUCUGAAAUUGCAGUACAUUCAGGAUCCCAUCCGCGGGGUUUGCCCCGUGCUCAGGUUCGAUUACCUGCCCAGCUCUUUGUACAAAAUUUAGGCGGCAUCCGUAGCCUGCCCUGCCAAUGUCCCUCCCCAUCCCACAUUCGUCUGCGGCCAUUAACAGGCUUCCACCGUUCCAGGACUGUCCCGUGGGAAUCCUGAGAGCGAGAGAGAUUACAGCGAGACUCCAGACGUCGGAUACCACUGCCAGGUUGCUCUUAAAAGGCAGGAGAGUGGCAUUGCACACGGGGCAUGAAUGUGGCGGGCAGUCAUAGAGUUGAGGAAGCUGGGACACCGAAUUCGUGAGCAAGUUUUUCCUGUCGUGUCUUUUGCAGAUCGGUGGGGUUAUCUCCAGGGUAUCUCCUUGCAUGUGGGAUAAUAUUCCAACUAAUGUGAAUUUAUUAUUUGGUCAAUUGUCUUGUCACAUUUGAAAUGACACAGCGGCCUUGUUGGUUUUACUCCCCUUUUUUGAACAGAGGGCAGCGUUUGGAAACUGAAUAGGAAGUUUCUGAUUCGCUGAGGCGGCUUUGGGAGUUGAAUUGGGGGCGGGGCGAUCGACUCAAAAGGGAAACUCACUAUUGUGUUGCACUUCUGAAUGUGGAUACGGGUGGCCCUUGGGUAACAACCUAACGUGGCUUGGUGUUUGGGCAGGGCACAGCCUAAGAGUUGCUCAGACUGUCAGCUGCAUUGUGUAGACUCUUUUGUGACAUUGAAGCACUGCACUGUUCCCCAUAAUGUGACACCUGAGAGUUUUGAACCCCACAUUGGCCGGGUCCAGUGACCUCCCAGCAUCGGCAUGGAUGCACCCAAAGACAACAAUUCCUUUGCUCUAGAUAGCGGCUUAGAUCUUGGCUAAUAAAGGAAGCGGCUCAAACAGCCCUUCGCUUGCUGGCAAAGAACACUGUAGAUCAAGAUCUUUGUUCUUUGCUCUUGAAAAUAUUCCAGCUCAUGCUGAAAACAUACCAGUUUUUCCUCCUGUGGAAGGUCAGGAUUGCACAAGACCCAAGUUUGAGAAAGCUUUUGGGAGUGCACUUCGUUUACUCAUUUGGAAAAGAUUUCCAACAUCGAUUUCUUCUUCCUCCCAAUGAAAUGUUUGGGGAGAGUUGGUUGUGUUGCCAGUUUCAUUGAUGUCAUCCCUACUGGCACAGCAACAAAGAAUUGUUGCAUUUCAGCAAGACCAGGGAGCAGAUUUGGAAAUAAAAUGUUCUGAUUCUGGGCAUAUUUAAGAAACCCUAAAACUUGUUUCCCUGCAAUCCCCCGAGAGUUGGCUGGAAAGCGUCAUCUGAUUUUUUUUAGGCACCAGAGUGUUUUUAGGGGGCUCCUUUAACUUUGGGGCAGCGUUCCACAACCUUGGCCACCGUCAGAGGUGUGGACUGCUGGCUGGGGAAUUCUGGGAGUUGAAAUCCCCCACCUCUGAUCAUGGCCAAGGUUGCGGAUCACUCCUUUAGGAAUGCAGCUCGGUAGCUGAGUGGCUGUGCCCUUCCAGGGCCUUUUGAGAGCCACCUGGAGUCGCUUCGUAGUUGCUGCGACUGUACGUAGACCUCGCUUGAGUUGGCCUGGUGCUGGCUGGCCUGCCCUUGUAGUAUCUGUCGAUGUAGCACAGCCCUUCCAGGGGUCCCUAGAGAGAAAAGGCUCCACCUCCCCACUUUCCUCCUAUUGCCAAUUCCCGCCCCCCGUUUGUCACUCCCCGCUAACACCCUCACUUCCCAGGCAGCGUCUCUCAUCUCUGCAUGUUUGGUUUUCCGGUUUGGUCCCAGGGCUUUUGCAGUAAAAACUGGGACCCUUCAGAGAAACCCAGGCAGCCUUGACGCGUUCUGGCUAUUGAAUCACAUCCUGAGCAAGAACUGGAUGAAAUAAUAUUCCAACACCAAGUGACUGUGACUUUAAAAAAAAAAAGUGUAUAUUUAAAAAGGAAAUUAUUUAUUUGGGCGCAAAUAUUUUUUGGAAUACAAAUAUAUAUCUAUAUAUAUUGUUGUAUUUUUUAAAGCUUAUAUAACCCAUGCACUCGUGGUAAAAUCCUUAAUUUUAUUGUGCUUAGUAAAAAGUGUCCUGACCGUCUGUUUGGGCUUCUGCAUCUAGUACAGUGAAGGCAACUGUCGGUGGCGGGUGGGGAAAGAAAUUGCAAGUGGGGAGAAAUUUGGUGUCAAAAUAUGUUGCUCGGCUUGUCAUUAAAAGCGCCCCUUUCCUUGAAUGGCACAUCUGCUUUUUGGGAAUUGGAAGUACAAACCGUGGGAAGCUCAGGCAUAGGAGAGGAAAUUAAAAUCCCCACAUCGUUUAGCUUCCUGCCUCCCUCCCUCCCUGGCCAGCCACCAGGUUUCCCAAAAAGGCUGCGAGGUGAAUGGAAGGUAGGCCACCUCCUGCUUCAGCCAUGUGGUCAUCCCUAUAAAUUGUGGCAAUAAAUUCUGUAACUUGACGCAAAACAGUUUGGAGAACAAUUUGCUCCCCCCCAACUUCUCUCCAAAGGAUCUCCAGAAGAGAUGCUUCUCCUGUGGCAUCAACGUGUUUGUUUUUUUCCGGCAAGAGGCCUAGGUAGCAUCUUCUGCUUGAAAACCUUUUACACAAUUGUGCUAUUUCUUCUUUUUCCCACGAGGUCGAAAGAGCACAGUGUGGAAUAAUCUCAUUGGGGAAGACUCUCUGAGAAGAGUCCGAAAACUUUUCAAGGAGUAUCUGAAAAGGGUUAAAUGAUGGCAACUGGACCAGAGUUUAUUAAAACUGAGACAUUUUGCGGCUCAUCCAAGUGUGACUUCUUAAGUCAGGAUGAAAAUUUUGGGUAGGCAGAGUCCUUGGAAUGACCCAACUCUUUGCCAUACAGACUGCAGGGAGUUUCUGAAGAGGUUAUUUGGACGAGUAACGAAAAAGCUCCAUUUUAAUAAACUUUUGGUCCAGUCACCACGAUUUAACCUUUUGAAGAUACUUUUGGUCUGAUGAUUGAGCCUUAAUUUACACAUUUUUUAAAGGAAUCUUGCAGAAUUACUUUCCAAAAAGCCAUUGACUAUAGCAAUAGCAAUAGCAGUUAGACUUAUAUACCACUU